AUAAAUCCUAAUAUUAAACUCACAAUAUCACAAUAACCCACGCCAUACACCAAUUGACAAGUCUUGCAUCAGCAGCAAUGUGUUCUUCAACCCCAAUGAUCCUUUGUUUCCUCUGCUUCACUUCAUUCUUCAUACCCAUUUUAGUAAUCGCUCAGCCAGAUUUUCAAUUUUAUAUUUGCGUCGAAGAUCAAGGUAACUUCACCACUAACAGUACGUACAAAGUGAAUUUAGAUCAUAUCCUCUCCGAUCUCACCACUCACCGCCAAGUUAACAACGACUAUGCCGGUUUUUACAACUUUUCUUAUGGCCUUACCCACAGAGCCAAUGUAAUUGGGCUUUGCAGAGGAGACCUUAUGCCAGAUGCUUGCACCAGAUGCCUCAACAACUCUAGAACUCUUCUCCCUUCUCUUUGUCCCAACUAUUACGAAGCCAUUGGAUGGUACGAUGAGUGUAUGCUUCGCUAUUCCAACCGCUCGAUUUUUCGCAAAAUGGAGACAUUACCUGGUUUCUAUGCUUGGAAUCCCAACAAUGCUUCUGAUCCUAAUCGCUUCAUCCAAGUGUCGAGAACUUUGCUCGAACAACUCACUACCAACGCUACAUCGGGCGAUUCCAGUCAAAAGUUCGCCACAGGAAUCACUACGAUCCCCAACUUUCCAAAAAUAUACGGGGCUGUUCAAUGCACUCCUGAUUUGUCUGCUGAAGAUUGCAGUAUCUGCUUGCUUGGAGCUCUUGACGAUAUUGGAACGUGCUGUUAUGGUAAAGCAGGGGGUAGAGUUCAGGCACCCAGUUGUUAUUUUAGAUUUGAGACUUAUCUUUUUUAUCAGCUACCCUCUAUUUCUUCAUCGCCUUCUCCGCACAUAGCCCCAUCUCCUAUUCAAUCUAAUUCAAGUACACCUCCAAAACCAUCUCGAAAACUCGUUACGGUGGUUGUGCCGAUUAUCGUGGGUGUUGUAGUUGCUGUGGUGAUAUUAACCCUCAGUAUCUAUAUCUUCGUGAAGAAAACAAAGGAAAGAAAGCCAACAAAUCAUGCAUCUGGGUCAAGUAUGGCUCCAGAGAAUGAAGAUACAGAUGAAGGGUCCUCCCAAUUUGAUUUCGACAUUAUUAAAACGGCAACAGAUGGAUUCUCUGAAGCAAAUAAACUUGGGGAAGGUGGAUUUGGAGUGGUUUACAAGGGUCGACUUCCCACUGGAGAAACCAUUGCUGUCAAACGACUCUCUCGAGCUUCAAGUCAAGGAGAUAAGGAGUUCAAGAAUGAAAUCUUAUUAGUUGCUAAACUUCAACAUCGAAAUUUAGUUCAGCUAUUGGGUUUUUGCUUCAAAGGAAACGAAAAGAUUCUCAUUUACGAGUUGGUAGAGAAUUCCAGUCUCGAGAAAUUCCUCUUUAGUCCCAAAAAAUGUGUGAGUUUAGAUUGGAAAACUCGUUACAAGAUUAUUGGUGGAAUAACUCGAGGACUUGUUUACCUUCACGAAGAGUCUCAACUCAAAAUCAUACAUAGAGAUCUCAAAGCUAGUAACAUUUUACUAGAUGCAGAUAUGAAUGCUAAAAUUUCUGAUUUUGGCACUGCAAGAUUAUUUUUACAUGAUCAAACGCAAGGAGAUACAAAAAAAGUGGUUGGCACUUAUGGAUACAUGGCUCCUGAAUACGUCCACAAGGGUCAUUUCUCAGUCAAAUCAGAUGUCUUUAGCUUCGGCGUUUUAGUUUUGGAGAUUGUAACUGGACUAAAAAACAAUCAAAUUCAUAUGUUUGACAACGAGAUUGUAGGUGUUGUAGGCUAUGUUUGGAGAAAUUGGCAGAAUGGAACCACUCAAAAUAUCAUAGACCCCACUUUGACAAGUUGUUCAAAGCCAGAAAUGGUUAGAUGCAUUCAUAUAGGGUUACUAUGCGUUCAAGAAAAAGUAGCUAAGAGACCAACCAUGAGUACCAUACUUCUCAUGCUUAAUAGCUACUCUAUCACUCUUCCAAGACCAUCUCAACCUGCUUUCCUUUUAAGUAGCAUCAACUCUCAUAUGUCUGAUCAACUAAAUCACAACUCGAUUGAUCAAGAACGAAAUGAGAUGUCAAUUACCGAUCUUUAUCCUCGAUAACUUUAAUUUACAUGUCAUAUAUUUUGUUUCAAUGUAUAUCUUUAGCUAAUUAAAUUACAAGAUGUAUAAAUUACUUGUAACAAUCUACAUCCUCUAAUACUGUCACUCUAUUUUCCUUUAAUUUAUUCAUAUAAUAUGAUAUUACGACAAGAAAA